CUGAUUGCCUUAUUUAUUGGAGUGCUGUACUUCUCGAUUAUUCAGUCAGACUAGUUGGAGUUUCAUUUCACGUUAUUGUGUUGAGCUUGGAGUUGUUUUCGUUGUUUAACAGUCGUAAUUCGAGAUGGCACGUACUAAGCAAACUGCACGUAAGUCUACAGGAGGUAAAGCUCCUCGUAAACAGCUAGCUACAAAAGCUGCAAGAAAGUCGGCGCCCUCCACAGGAGGAGUAAAGAAGCCCCAUCGUUAUCGUCCUGGUACAGUAGCUCUCAGAGAAAUCAGAAGAUACCAAAAAUCUACAGAAUUGCUUAUCAGAAAAUUACCAUUCCAACGGUUAGUGAGAGAAAUUGCACAGGAUUUCAAAACUGAUCUCCGUUUCCAAUCUGCUGCCAUUGGCGCUCUACAGGAAGCAAGUGAAGCCUACUUAGUAGGUUUGUUUGAAGACACCAACUUAUGCGCCAUCCACGCAAAGAGAGUAACUAUUAUGCCUAAGGACAUCCAGUUGGCUCGCCGAAUCCGUGGAGAAAGAGCUUAAUUUAUUAUAUAUCACUUCUUACAUGAAUUCAUUGUAACUUUCUUUGUUCAUUUUCUUACGAACUUUCCAUCCUGCCAAGUAGAAACAUAGUUUUGGAUAUGUUAUGACCAUCAUUCCUAUGCACAAUAUAUAUUAACAAUCUGCAACUCCGUAGGUGUUGGUUACUUUGUUUAUAUAUAUUUAUAUCAUAUCGUUCGAUUAUUUGUAUGUGUUUGUAUCACAGGUUGUGUUCGAAUGGAAGUUUGUUUUAAAUUUUUCACAGGAUGUAUUAGUUCAUAGAUUUAAGUUAUUUUAUAGUCAUGUGUUGAUAAUUUUUUAGAUUCUAAGGUUUUAUAAAAUUCUAAGUCUUGUACUGUCUUGAUUCGGAAUAUAACUCAGUUGUGAAUAUA